GUUGCUUGCUAAGUUCAGCUCCGCUGACGUAAGGCGAACACAGGGAAUGCGUCGUCUGCAAAAACAGAACAAGAGUCUGGAGGAGCUGAGAAAGGUUUGUAUGCUUGGGACUUCAAAGUCUAAGAGAGUUUUGAUUUUGUACUGCACAUGUGGAAGACUUAAGUGUAACAUGGUGCACGCCUGUAUAAAAAACCUCUGGAGCGUGCAUCCACCCACAGGAAACUUCCCAUGCCCUCUGUUACAUCAGGUCAGCUCUGUGAGCCAACAGAAUCCAGCUCUCUGUUUCGUGCGGAGUGACGGUCACUGCUGGCUUGUGGUAUUUGGCUCUUUUUCGAUGAUCUCUGCACAGCAGCCACCAUUCCCCAACAAAAUUCAAAGAACAAUGGACUGCAAAUCCAAGGAAGAAGAAACCUGUGAAGAGCAGUAUGACUCUGAAAACUGUACUUGCAGCUCUGAGCAUGCGGAAUCUGAUGCAGGCUCACCGGUAACUCUUAAAAUACUGCAGAACUGGGUUCCUAGAGUUUCACACUACUUUGAUAAGGAGCACUAUACAUACGUUGGCCAUCAGAUUGUCAUUCAGGAGUCCAUAGAACACUUUGGAGCUGUGGUAUGGCCAGGGGCACUGGCUUUAUCUCAAUAUCUGGAAUCAAAUCAAGAACAAUUCAACCUCAAAGACAAAAAAGUUUUGGAAAUUGGUGCUGGAACAGGCUUGCUUUCCAUUGUGGCCUGUAUCUUAGGAGCUCAUGUUACAGCUACUGAUUUGCCUGAAGUUCUUGAAAAUCUUUCAUAUAAUAUUUCAAGAAAUACACAGAACCUGAAUAUGCACAAACCUGAAGUGAGAAAACUGAUAUGGGGAGAAGGCCUCAAUGAAGACUUUCCUGUAUCAACUUACCAUUAUGAUUUCAUACUGGCAACUGAUGUUGUGUACCAUCAUGGAGCUCUGGACCCCCUGCUAGCAACAAUGGUGUACUUUUGUAAGCCAGGAACAGUAUUACUAUGGGCAAAUAAAUUCAGAUUCAGUACAGACUACGAGUUUUUGGAAAAAGUUUGCAAUAUAUUUAACACAACCAUUCUAGCAGAAUUUCCAGAAUCAAAUGUCAAGCUGCUUAAAGCCACGGUUAGAAAGAAUUAAAGCAAAAACCAUUCCUGAUCUUGAUUUAGUGGCAGCACCUCACAGAUUGGAAUGCUUUCCAAGAUUAUGUUGCACCUUCUGUGGAUUUAUGGUUGUAAAGAUGCAGUUGCAUCUAAGUUUUGCAUUGCAAGUACAAAAAAAAAAAAAAAAUCCAGCAAGG